AAAAAAAAAAAGACAUUUUGUCUUUGGGAAAUAAAUACUGAUGAUUAGCUUCAAAUGGACGGUGGUGUGGAUGUGACACUUGCUUCUCCAACUAAGUUGUAAACUUAUCCAAGGCAUUGUCCACUGUGGCUCCCACCAAGUUUUUAGGCUUGUCUUCAUAGGUGAUCUUGCUUUGAUGUGCUGUGAAAGGCUGUCCCAGCAGAUGGCAGAAGAGAACUGAGUCAGGAAAAAACAACCCGAAUAUUUCAGCGUGCACUGUGAACUGGGUAAAGCUUCUGCACCUUAACGUCCCUGCCGCAGUAGCUCUACACAUCGACUUCAGAAUCGCUACUGAAUUUCCCGAAUAAAGUUGGGUCAGCAAAGGUGUGAGGGUUACCACUCUACCCAGACAGCACGUCACUGAGACUCACUUAGGAAGAACACUCAUUUCCUGAGCACUUCCGUAGUACUGGAAACAGGAAUGAAUACAGAAAGUCCCUGUUCCCCCGGAGUUCACAGUCCAGCUGAGAUCAAAUGAGGACAGAACAGUUUGCAUUUUGCCGGGCCAUCUUAUAACAACAAUAAUUUCCUGAAUGUUUUCAGGUUGCCUGCUUUAGCCAUAUGUUCUACACUGCCUGCUUCUCUCCAGCUCCAGCCUCAAGUCCAACUCAUCAUCUCUGGCCUGGGCUACAGCAACAACCUCCUAAGGGAGCUGCCUCUGCUCUUAUCCACCUGCAGUUUAUUCUCACCGUAUAGACAAGGUGAAGAAGUGGCUGCAGUAUCAACAAAUGGAGAGAUGAGUACGCUGAGUAUCUCCAUGGAGAGCAUGCCAUGUGUGGCAGAGGAUGCAGGAGAUGUCAGAGCAGGUUUGCACAUUGAAGGAGAAGCAGCAUGACAUGCAUCAGGUACAGGAGCUGAAGACAAGCUUGGCCAAACUGAAGAACCAGAUGGCUGAACCCCUACACCUGGAGCCCCCAACAGGACCCUCAGAGGUGGAGCAGCAGCUACAAGCCGAGGUCAAGCACCUGCAGAAGGAGCUGGAGAAUCUGGCAGGACAGCUCCAAGCCCAGGUAGAAACCAAUGAGGGCUUGAGUCACCUGAACCGGGAGCAGGAGGAGAUGCUGUGGGAGUGGAAACCCAAGCUCUGGGAGGAGCAGGGGGAGGCCUGCCAGUCCUCUGUGCAGAACGACCACACCACCAUCAGCCACGUGCUCUCCCACAAUCACCAACUCGAGGAGCAGCUGGCCGAGCUGAAGCAGAUGGUGGAGCUGAAGAGCCAAGAGGCUCAGAGUCUGCAGCAGCAGCAAGACCAGUACCUGGGUCACCUGCAGCAGUACAUGGCUACCUUUCAGCAGUUGACCACCAAGAAGGAGGCGCUGCAAAGGUAGUUACUGCUGCAGACCUUGCUCAUGGGUCAGCUGCAGCAGCAGGAAGCUCAGGGCAAAACAGUGGCCGAGAUGGGCCACCAACAGCUGCAGGAGACUCAGGAACACCUGGAAGCUACCGGCCAGCAGAACCAGCAGCUACAGGCCCAGAUGAGCAUCAUGGCUCUCCCUGGGGAAGGUACGGGAGACCACUCAGAGGAAGAGGCGAGAGCCCCAGGAGGAAAGGGGGACUGUUAGCAGCACAGGAUUGAAGAGUUGGAAGAGACCUUUAAGACAGCUGGUCAUUAUGCCGACCGGGUGUCCGCGCUAAGUUCGGUAUCAAUUUGGUGACCUCCUGGGAGCAGGAGGCCAUCAGGUUGCCUAAGGACGGGAGAACUGGCCCAGGUCAGAAAGGGAGCAGGUCAGGACUCCCUCACUGAUGGCUAGUGGGACUGUGCCUGGGCCACAUAGCAAAACCUUGGCUCUUAGAAAAAAAAAAAUGAAAAUAGAGAACAGCUACUCAUUCCUAUCUGGGAAGGGGCUGGCCCAGGGUUACACAGUGAGGGUGGGGACAGAGGUGGGCCCACUGUACCUCCCUUGUUGGGUUGUCUGAGGACUCCUCUAGCCACCCCCUACAGGAGAUGGACUGCGCAGUAAGGAGGAGGAGAAGGAGGGGCCUCAGCCCAUGCCGAGCAUCUUGGAGGACCUGGAGAGCUGGGAGGCCAUG